AUGUCGACGACGUCAAAUACAGUAAUAAGGUUACGGGCCUGCGAUAGAUGCGCGGCAAUCAAGCAAGUAUGUAACCGCAAAGACGGACAGAAGGACUGUACUAGAUGCGCGAGGCUGGGCAUUGUCUGCCAGAUUACGAGAACACAGAAGCCUAUGGGGAGACCUAGAAAAUGGCCAAGGAAAGAGAAGGUGCUGAAGUCCGAAGCUGGAUCUCCACCGUCUCUGACGAACUCCCCGGUAUCACCGGAUUCGUCAGAUAACUCUUCAUGUUCCGAUAGUGAAGUUGAGAGAUCAUUCCGUCGCUAUGAAAGGGCUCCAGCCCCGACAUCGGGUAUGAUCGUUAGCCCUAUAUCUUUGAAGGACAAGAGAGUCCGUAGCGGCUGUAGCUCUUGCAAGUCCAGGAGAAAGAAGUGUGAUGAGAUCUUUCCAAAAUGCGGCGACUGUUCAAGACUUGGUCUAGACUGUCAACGUGGAUUCAUGGAUAGCCCUAUUUCGGACCCGGCUUCUCUCAUGGUCCCUUACAUGGCAGCAGCUCCAGGGAUUUUGCCGGAAUCACAUCUUCACGACGCCUUUGAUUUCCCAGAGCUUUCGAUUUUCGCGCCAUCCAUGUUCCCCAUGGGUCCCGUUGGAUCCGGAUCCGAGGAGAGUAACCUUCUCCAACACUAUGCCUGUGUUGUUUCCAGGUCCCUGUCAGUUGUGCCUGACGAGAUUAACCCAUUCCUGAGCUUGUUUAUGCCAAUGGCUUUUGAGCAUCAUGCUAUGCGCUACGCUCUUCUUGGCCUUUCUGCCAGUCACUUGAGAAGACACCACCCUGAAUACGAAACCGUCAUGACAAAGUAUUUGGCCUUGGCAAUGGAACGAACUAGGGUAUUGCUAUGUGAGGCCGAGACAUCCGACGAAGCUGCCGUAGAGGGUCUAGCGACCAUUUUGGUGCUUUGUCUGCAUGAGAUCUGUGAAGGAAAGAGUCGGAAAUGGGCUCUUCAUAUGAGAGCAGCUUGCUCGCUAAUCAACUCUCGAAGGAGAUCGAAACCUUUCCCUCCCGCAGUUAGGUUCCUUCUGGAAUCAGUAGCUUACUUCGACUCCAUGGCCACCCUGUCAUUUUCAAAACCUGCCAUGCUAGAGGAUGCUCUCUACCCAGAAGGAUUCGAGGACAUCCGCCCAGACGAGUUAAUGCCGAUGAUCUGCGCCCCACGGAGUCCAGUUCCCCAUGCUCUUUUCGGUACUGCUUCGGAUCUUUUCUCUGUCAUCAAUGAGAUUGCUGUUCUCGCCCAACAACGAAGCCAGUUUUCGGUCUCUGAAUUUACAACCGACAACUUCAUGUCGAAGGCUAUGGCUAUCGAUGCCAAGUUGAUGAACUGGAGGCCGAAGCCGUGUGUCAAUACCAUGACAGACCCUUUCCUUUGUGAAAAAAUGUCUGCUGCUUCGGAUGCCAUCAGGUGGGCUGCUAUUAUGAGACUUCACCAACUCGUCUACGGCCAUGACAAAGCACACCCUAAGAUUCAAGCUGGUGUUAAGAACAUUAUCAUUAAUGUCUCCAAGAUCCCAAUCGGUGAUCUUUCUGAGAGUAUCCUUGUUUUCCCAAUGCUCAUGGCCGGUGUCGGUGCUGCAACACCCGAGGACAAGCAUGCAGUCCGACAACGAAUGGUCAUGAUGGGGGCUAACAUUGGCUUUGGUAACGUCAUUGAAGCCCACGAGCUAGUUGAGAAGGUAUGGAGAAUGGAAGAAGAUGCAGAGAUAAAAUCUGGCCCUGGCGUUGUCAAGGGAGUGCCAUGGGAAAUCAUGAUGAGAGAGAACGGCCAGACAUUGAUUAUGAGCUAA